AUGGAAGAAGUCAGCAGAGAAGGUGAAGCAACCAUAACUCUCCCAGACGGCACCACCGCCAAACUUCCAUUCCUCCGAGGCACUCAUGGUCCACCAGUUAUUGACAUCCGCACACUAUUCAACCAAUUAGGCUGCCUUUCUCUUGACCCUGGGUUCACAUCCACCUCAAGCUGCUUUUCCGCAAUUACUUAUAUUGAUGGCGAAAAAGGAGAGCUCUGGUAUCGAGGAUACGCAAUUCAAGACUUGGCAAAUAAUUGCACGUUUCUUGAAGUCUGCUAUCUCCUUUUGUAUGGAGAAUUACCCAGUGUCGUAGAACUCGAAAGGUUUGAAAAUGCAGUCAAAAAUGAGAUGCUGAUCCAUAUGAAACUUAUUGAUUUUUAUAUAAAAAUAUGGAUGGAUUAUUUAAAAUUUUGGGUGAUAAAAAAUUUUUAAUGGUAAAAUUGAUAGAAAUUUUAAGAAAAAAGUAGAUUGGUAUGAAAAUUGAUAGGAAAAAUAAGGAGGGGAUUAUAGCAGUUUCCAGCAAGGAGCGCAUCCUAUGGCAAUUAUGGUAGGCGUUGUAGGCGCUUUAUCAGCUUUUAUGCAUGAAGACAUUGACGUCAUGGUCGCUGAGCAGCGUGAAGCAGCUGCUAUCCGAAUUUUAGCAAAAUUCCCUAUGAUGGCUGCUGUCGCCUAUAGAACUGCCUAUGGUUUACCGAUUGUUUUUCCUAACUCUCCCCCGUGAGCGGACAAAAUCAUAUGAAAAUUAUAUUUUUUGGGUAAAAAACAUCAUGAGUGAAUAAUUUUUUUUUCAAAAUAAUAAUGUUUUAUGAAAAAAUAUUAUGAUAUAUAAGUGAUAAUUAUUAUAUAGUUAACUACACUGACUGGCACGGGGUGCUUUUGGCCCGAAACCGAGCCAAAAGCACCCCGUGCCAGUCAGUGUAGUUCACUAUAAUGAUAUCUGGCUAAUUUUGACAAAUUAAAUUAAUAUUUGUUUUAAAAUUAAAAAAUAUUAUACCCUAUCAAUGAGGAAACAAUAUUUUUUUGUUCGCUCACGGAGGGGGGAGUAAGAAAAAGUUCGGGUACACCGAAAAUUUCUUGUACAUGAUGUUUUCUGACCCUAUGGCUGACGAUUUUACAGUCGACCCAGUCGUAGUCAACGCUUUAGAAAAAAUCUUUAUCCUUCACGCAGACCAUGAGCAAAAUGCAUCCACUUCGACAGUCAGAAUUGCAGGAAGCUCCCUUGCUAACCCUUAUGCUUGUGUAGCAGCUGGCAUUGCUAGUCUAUGGGGUCCUAUGCAUGGCGGUGCAAAUGAAGCUGUCCUUGCUAUGCUUGAUGAAAUAAAAUCAAGAGAAAAUGUCGACACUUUUAUAGCAAAAGCUAAAAAUCCUAAUGAUUCCUUUAGACUUAUGGGCUUUGGACAUAGAGUUUAUAAGAAUUUUGACCCAAGAAACCAAAUAAUGCAGGAUAUCGCUCAUGAAAUUUUGACCCAUCUGCAAUGCAAUCAAAAAAAUAUAUUAGAAUUAGCCCAGGAGCUGGAAAAUAAAGCGCUAAAUGAUGAUUAUUUUAUUAACUCCACCAUCUUUAAAUUGGAGCAAAAUCCUCUCCAGUCUAAAAGGGCUAAUUUUAUUUUAAAAAAAAUUUAUAAAAAUUUUUAAAAAAUUAAAAAAUAUAAAUUGAACACAAUAUUUUGAAUUUUAAUUCAUUUUUAUGAAGAAUUAAUUAAAAAAGUUAAUAGAAUUAGUGUGAUAACUGUUUUAAAUAUAUAUUCUAAUUUCAUUUUUUAAUUAAAUUAGAUCAAAACUAAUUUAUAUAAAAAUUAGCAUUUUCGCAUAUAUAAUUUGCCAAUUGAAAAAAAAUUGUUCCAAUUUAAAGGGUAAAAAUACCCAAAAAUUUGAAUUUUUUACCGAUGUUUUUUCAUUUUAAAAGGGUGGAGUAAGCGAAAAUUGUACCCAAAUGUUGAUUUUUAUUCAGGAAUUGUCCUGGAGGCUAUUGGGAUACCAAGGGAUAUGUUUACUGUCAUUUUUGCAUUGGCAAGGGUUAUUGGGUGGAUGUCACAGUGGCAUGAAAUGAUGUCAGAGUCUGUCAAAAAGAUAGGAAGGCCUAGACAGCUGUAUGUGGGAGCACAAAAGAGAAAUGUGCAGCCUAGAGAAAUGAGGGAAGGGAGAGAAAGCAUUUCUCCAGAAAUUAUAAAUUCACCAAGAAAGGUCUGGUCACCUACUAAAGAAAAAGCAGCAAACUAA